AAGUCUCACCCCUGACAUGGACCCUAUAUAGCAUACAUAUAUACAUAGUAACAUUGUAUUUGCUAUAUUCGGACGUGUUUCAUUACAGAACGCAACAUAAGUUCUGAAUGGCCACUGUCCAAGAAACACAAAACUCACAUUCAUCGACUACUAAAAAUGAACAUCUACCAUUAGUUUAUUACCAUCGAUCACCAAGUUUCAACUUCUCCAUAAAUCAAUGGCUCGAACCCAGCUUCCGGCUUCUCGAACCCGAUCACCCGGAAUUCUCUUCUCUUUCUCAAACCGUCAAGGCCCUUGUGGUUGUGGGUCCCACUCCACUCACCGGAGAGACUCUCGACAAGCUUCCGGGUGUGGAGAUAGUGGUGGGUACCAGCGCCGGCGUGAACCACAUGGAUGUCGCUGAGUGUCAUCGCCGUGGCGUCAAAGUCACCAACGCCGGAGAUGCUUUCUCUGAAGAUGUUGCCGACUAUGCUGUUGGCUUGUUGGUUGAUGUUCUCCGGCGAGUUUCUGCCGCCGAUCGUUUUGUUCGGGCUGGCUUGUGGCCACUUAACGGAGUCUACCCUCUUGGUUCUAAGUUAGGGGGCAAGGUCAUUGGAAUCAUCGGACUGGGAAGAAUCGGCUCUGAGAUUGCCAAAAGGCUGGAAGCAUUUGGUUGCGUAAUCGCCUACAAUUCAAGGAACAAGAAGCCGCAUGUUUCAUACCUGUUGGGCCAUAGCCCAUGUAAAGAUAAGACUUAAUAGAAAGCCCAUAACCGAUGUAAGCCCAUAGGCAUAACACGUGAGCAGCACGUAUGACAACUAGUAUAAAUAUGAUGUAACUACACCCGGAAAAGGGGUUGGAUAAUAG